UUAUUUCCGGUUUAAGAUUUCUAGUGUGGGUUCAUUGCAAAAGCACAAGCAAGAAAAUGCCCUACGCUAAUCAACCUACUGUAACUUUAACAGAAUUAACAGACGAGAAUCUUAAAUUUACCCUUGAAGAUACUGAUUUGAGUGUUGCAAAUGCUGUUAGAAGAGUAUGCAUAGCUGAAGUUCCAACCAUGGCAAUAGAUUGGGUACAGAUAGAAUCCAAUUCUACUGUGUUAUUUGACGAGUUUCUGUCCCACAGAAUUGGUUUGAUACCGCUGACCAGUGACGAAAUAGUGGACAGGAUGCAGUAUUCUAGAGAUUGUACAUGUGAAGAGUUUUGCCCAGAGUGUUCAGUAGAGUUCACAUUGGAUAUGAAAUGUAACGACGACCAGACCACCCACGUAACUAGUGCACAUCUCAUUUCCAGUAAUCCUAAAUGUGUUCCUGUUACAUCUAAAAGAAAAGAAGAAGCAAGCGAAUAUGAAGAAACAGACGAUAUCUUAAUAGUAAAAUUAAGAAAAGGGCAGGAAUUGAAAGUUAGAGCUUUUGCAAGGAAAGGAUUUGCCAAGGAGCAUGCUAAGUGGAACCCAACCUGUGGCGUAGCAUUUGAGUAUGAUCCAGAUAAUGCACUGAGACACACAGUCUACCCCAAACCAGAAGAAUGGCCAAAGAGUGAGUACACAGAACUUGAAGAAGAAGAAACACAAGCAGAACCAAAUCCACUUGGAAAAGCUAACAAAUUUUUCUACAAUGUUGAAUCAUGUGGUUCAUUGAGACCUGAAAAUAUUAUGUUUUCAACGUUAUCUGUGCUGAAGAAAAAACUUAGUGAUUUACAAACUCAACUCAGUCAUGAAAUACAAAGUGAUGCACUGGCUAUUUGAUUCUGUUUGCACAUUAUGUAGAAUUAUUGUCAGCAGUCAUGAAAACAAGAAAAAUAUCUUUUUUAUACAUGUGCUUCUAUUGACUUUCAGCUAGGCAGCUUUGAUUUUUAAACAUGAACUUAGGAAUGUCCAUGAAGACACAUUUGAUUUGUUGAACCACAAGUUAUGUGAAAAAAAAAUCUGUUGUAACUUGUAAAUAUAGUAAUAAAGGACAGUGUUCAUUUUGUAAA